ACAUUUACAAUCCCAUAAUCAUGCGAAUUGUGGCUUCUCUUUCUUUUUCUGAAUGUUAAAAAAAACAACAACACAGUUUUAUUAACAGGUUAUCGUGGCAUGGGGAUCUUUAGCCCACAUUUGUAAAUCGGAAAACGUACAGGACGAUGAAAUUAUGAAGAAAGAAGCCUGAGACAUCAGCCUAUGAAGACUGUGAAGACAAUCCUGAAUAGCAAUUAUGAAUGGUGUUGCUGCUAGGCUUGUUCUGCCGAGCAUCUGAAAUGAACCUCUCUUAUUGAUUGUUUUUAUUGGCCCAGAACCAGAAGUAGUGGAUUCAGUUGACUUCAGGAUUAAAAAGAGAACAGUCUUGGUUAUCAUCAUAAACAUAUGAACCAGUGUGAUGGUGAAAUGAGAUGAGGCUCCGAAAUGGAACUGUAGCUACUGUUUUAGCAUUUAUCACUUCGUUCCUGACUUUAUCUUGGUAUACUACGUGGCAAAAUGGGAAAGAAAAACUGAUUGCUUAUCAACGAGAGUUUCUUGCCUUGAAAGAACGUCUUCGAAUAGCUGAACAUAGAAUCUCGCAGCGCUCUUCUGAAUUAAAUGCCAUUGUACAGCAGUUCAAGCGUGUAGGAGCAGAAACAAAUGGAAGUAAGGAUUCAUUAAAUAAAUUUUCAGAUAAUACCCUAAAGCUAUUAAAGGAGUUAACAAGCAAAAAAUCUCUUCAAGUGCCAAGUAUUUAUUAUCAUUUGCCUCAUUUAUUGCAAAACGAAAGAAGCCUUCAGCCUGCUCUCCAAAUUGGUAAUGGAAGAACGGGAGUGUCAAUAGUAAUGGGAAUUCCCACAGUGAAGAGAGAAGUUAAAUCUUACCUCAUAGAAACUCUUCAUUCCCUUAUUGAUAAUCUGUAUCCUGAAGAGAAGUUGGACUGUGUUAUAGUAGUCUUCAUAGGAGAGACAGAUAGUGAUUAUGUACACAGUGUUGUAGCCAACCUGGAGAAAGAAUUUUCUAAAGAAAUCACUUCUGGCUUGGUGGAAAUAAUAUCACCUCCUGAAAGCUAUUAUCCUGACCUGACAAACUUAAAGGAGACAUUUGGAGACUCCAAAGAAAGAGUAAGAUGGAGAACAAAGCAAAACCUAGAUUAUUGUUUUCUAAUGAUGUAUGCUCAGGAAAAGGGAAUAUAUUAUAUUCAGCUUGAAGAUGAUAUUAUUGUCAAACAGAAUUACUUCAACACUAUAAAAAAUUUUGCACUUCAACUUUCUUCUGAGGAAUGGAUGAUACUAGAGUUCUCCCAGCUGGGCUUCAUCGGUAAAAUGUUUCAAGCACCAGACCUGACUCUGAUUGUGGAAUUCAUAUUUAUGUUCUAUAAGGAGAAACCCAUUGACUGGCUCUUGGACCAUAUACUCUGGGUAAAAGUCUGCAAUCCUGAAAAAGAUGCAAAACAUUGUGAUAGACAAAAAGCAAAUCUGCGAAUUCGCUUCAGACCUUCCCUUUUCCAACAUGUGGGUCUGCAUUCUUCUCUAUCAGGAAAAAUUCAGAAACUCACGGAUAAAGAUUACAUGAAACCAUUACUUCUUAAAAUCCAUGUAAACCCACCUGCAGAGAUAUCUACUUCUUUGAAGGUCUACCAAGGACAUACACUGGAGAAAACUUACAUGGGGGAGGAUUUCUUCUGGGCUAUAACCCCAAUAGCUGGAGACUACAUCUUGUUCAAGUUUGAUAAGCCAGUUAAUGUAGAAAGUUAUUUGUUCCACAGUGGUAACCAAGAACAUCCAGGAGAUAUUCUGCUGAACACAACUGUGGAAGUUUUGCCUUUUAAGAGUGAAGGUUUGGAAAUAAGCAAAGAAACCAAAGACAAACGAUUAGAAGAUGGUUAUUUCAGAAUAGGGAAAUUUGAGAAUGGUGUUGCCGAAGGAAUGGUGGAUCCCAGGCUAAACCCCAUUUCAGCGUUUCGACUUUCCGUUAUUCAGAAUUCUGCUGUUUGGGCCAUUCUUAAUGAGAUUCAUAUUAAAAAAGUCACCAACUGACCAUCUGCUAAGAAACCAGUACAUAUUUUUUCCUGUGAAAUUGUUAAUUAAAGAUAGUUAAGCAUGUACCUUUUUUUUUUUUUUUUUUACUUGAACACUACCUCUUGUGAAAUCUACUGUAGAUAAGAUGAUUGUCAUUUCCGCUUGGAAAGUGAACGUCCCAUGGAUAAUUGCAUUCAUUCAAACCUAAGCUGUCCUCCAAUUUUAACUUGACUCAAACAUUUUACAAUUAUGACAGCCUGUUAAUAUGACUUGUACUAUUUUGGUAUUAUACUAAUACAUAAGAGUUGUACAUAUUGUUACAUUCCUUAAAUUUGAGAAAAAUUAAUGUUAAAUACAUUUUAUGAAGGGGGUACUUUUGAAGUUCAUUUAUUUUACUAUUAUAGACCCUCUUUUAUAGAUUAUCAGGGAUUAUAUAUAUAUAAAUAUAUAAAUAUACAUAAAAAUGUUAUGGAGUUAAUUUAUUAGAAACAUUUAAGAAGUACAUAUUUUUGUGCAGUAAAUUUUUGAAUCAAUACUUUUUUUGAAAAGUUACCUUGCUUUUUUAAGUUCUUUCUAUAUUUUUCUUUGGAAAUGCAAACAUUACAAAUUAAUGCCAUUUUUCAAAUGCACUGCCAUUUAAGAAUGAUUCUAGAUUGAUUUCCUAACCGAAGUACUUUUAUAAUUGCAGUGAUUCAGAACAAACUAUUUUCAAAGGCAUUUGUCAUUCCGUAAAGCCAAGAUUUUAAAGACCAAUGUCCUUCUUGAGGGUUAUUUUACUAUAUACUGUUUAUGGUGUAAAAAAUCAGUCUGAUAAAUUUUAAUGUGUGGGGGUCAUGCAUUCAACCCAAAUUACCAUGGACUCAACUCAUUACAUUCCCUCUGAUAUGCUCUGAUAUGUAAGAUGACAAACUCUAUUUUCUUUUUAAAUCUUUGUCUUGAAUCCAUGAGUUAGAUGCAUUAUCUCUCGUUGAUCCUUUUAUAUCUGCACCCAUUUUAUGAGUUGACAAAAUGUUUUCUAGGCAAUAUUAUUGUAUGAGUCAAAAUCACUUAAUUUUCAAGAAAAAUAAAAUUGUAAUAUUGGUUUUUAGGGAGAGGUAUUGUAACAGUUGUAUGUUUUUCCAAAACGAUUUGUUCUGUUGCAUUAUGAACUUACAAGUAAAUUCCUAUCUGAAGAGUACUUAAAAGCUCUUAGGCAAUUCCAAAUGUUAUUACUACUGUAAACAAAAAUACUAUCAGCCUUAGCAAUCAGUGAUCUUUACAAAAGUAUUUUACUUUUAGGAAGUUCCGAAUUAUCAGCAUCGGUUCCCAGCCAGCCUGGUAUGCCUGGGGUGGGGGUGGGGGUGGGGGUUGCAGGUGGGUUACAGGUAGACGUGCAGAGAUUGAUCCCCUGAGCUCUCCACUAGCCAGUGGCUGAGGCUGGAAGUGCCAGCUGUUGCCUCUUGCCUGGAGUUGUUUCCGUGGUUUCACAGGAUGCUGAACAAAGAGCUUUCAGACAGCCUUGCUCUGUACAGUGUGAUGGAGUGAGAAGUGUGGGAGACACAUAGGGUACAGGUCUUUCCAUUACUUGUGUUGGAAUCGUUAGUUACUUUCCUGGAUUAGAAAGUUACCCGUUGCCACUAAUAAUUUUUAUGUCCAAGUCUAGUUAAAAUUUUUUUACUGGGUUUCUUAAAUUUACUUUUCGCUUUCUUUGAGUUUUGUCCUCAAGCUUUCCUGGCCUGAUGCCUGUAGGCCAGUUUCGUGUGAAAAGAACCUUUUGUUAUAAAAUUUGGGCAGCUGCUUCACACACUGACCCGCUGCUAGAAGGGCCAAGCGUCAGGAGGGAAGCCCUGGGGGUGGGCUGCGAAGUCCCCUGGCCUCCCUGCUUGCACGGUAGCCUGCCCUGGCUUUGGGGAGAAGGACUGUGCUCUGGAAACCCGGGGUGGGGAGGUGGAGGCGGGGCUGGGGGUGGAUGGUGGCUGCAGCUCCUCACCCUGCUUCCCGGCUCUGCCUUUGGACUGGGGAGCCUCACUAGCCAGCUCCUCCCUGGGUUCACGCUCAGCCUCCACUCCCGGCCUCAGCUCCCCUCCCAUUCCCCAAGGCUCCUUUGAGCCACAUCCCCCCAGCUUUCAGUCUCUGUGCCCCCCCCCCCCCCAUGAAUUUUUGGCCAGGAGUGCCGGGCACGAGUGCGGGGCGAGGGUCUGCAGGCCCCUGGGGACCAGCUGCUCCAGCCCACACACCUUUCUUUUUAACUCUCUUUACCUAGGGUCCUUGCCCCCUUCUCCCCCUCCCCCCCAGCCGUCCCGUUUUGGGUUGUUCAUGAGGAGUGUGUGUGUGUGUGUGUGCGCGCGCGCACGUACACGUGUGCACAUGCACAUUCUUCCACGUGCCAGGCUUCAAGCUGGGCGGGGGCAAGCCUGCAACUCGCCCUUCAUCUCUGGUGCAGAGGUGCUCCGAUCCUCUCAUUGUCGGUCUCUCCCUUCCCCCACUUCCUCCGGAGACCCUUAGAAAUGGAAACAGUCCUGUCUUCCUCAAGCAGGCGGCAGCCCUCAGGAGUAGCUGGGGAGUGAAGUCUGGGGAUAGAACCUGGAACUGAGGGGAGCAUACAGUUGGCCUCGAAAGGACACUGAACCACUUUUUUUUAAAUCAGAAUCGUGAGUGGGGAAAAUGUCCAAUGGUGUCCAGUAUAUAAUAACAUAUAGAGAGAAAUAAAUCAUGGUUUGCAUCUAGUGUUUAUUUCCCAUAAGCUGUUCUGGCCCCAGAGCUGCCCUGUCCCAUAUGGCAGCAAGGAGACGGAGGGUGACCAGGUAAAUUUAAACUAAGAAAACCUUCAGCUCUUCAGUCACAGCAGCUGCAGUUCAGGUGCUUGUUAGCCUGGACAGGACAGCACAGAUACAGAACCUGCAGUCACUACAGAAAGUUCUGGAGGGACAGCACUGUGUCAAGAGCACUGGUGUGAACACUUUAGAAACCAGAGUAAUGACUUCUGAUGAGGAGGGCAGGAGCAGGCAUGCAGAAUGUAUCACAGUGCAUUGAGGAGUAUUGUCACUGAGAAGCUUGAGGAUUAUUUCUGGGAUUCUAAGACCCCAGAUUUCUGAGGUCUCUGGGUCUCACAUGCUGUAUAUAUUUUUUAAGAUUUUAUUUAUUAAAGAGAGACACAGAGAGAGGCAGAGACACAGGCAGAGGGAGAAGCAGGCUCCAUGCAGGGAGCCUGACAGGGGAUUUGAUCCCAGGACUCCAGGAUCAGGCCCUGGGCCGAAGGCAGUACUAAACCGCUGGGCCCCCCGUGCUGCCCCUCUUGUGUUAUUUCAGCAUGCUCGGUGCUGUACUGUGUAGUCAAGAACAAUGGUUUCAGGCAGUGAGAUCGAAAAGCUUUGGAAAAAAUGAAUGCACAUGGAUUAUUUUGCAGGCAGGCUGUAGACACAUACAACCACGGAGAGGUCUUUGAGAAGGGUGCAGCUUUUCAGAUCAGUGGUUGCACCAUGAGUGAUCAGAAGGGGUCUUCAUUUCAAGAACCUUCUGCAGUGUUCUGAGGGGCUUUUUGAUUUGUCAUCACGAAAUGUUGUCUCCCAACCGUGCUAUCCUCAAAGGCAAGUUUGCUUACCAUGGAAACAGCAUAUUUGGAGAGACUGCUCUACUUGACAGCAGGGUGGGUUUGUAGUAGCCAGAAUUCUACAGAUGACCCUCAGGUACUGUGGAUGAUCGCCUGGCCCUUUGCAUGUGGGCGGAAGCAGUCUUACCUAUACAAUAUCACCCAUAAUUAUGUUAUAUAGUGAAAGGGACAUUAUCUGGGGGCAGCUAAUCUAACUGUGUGAGCCCUUUAAAAGCCAUUCUCAGGCUGGUAGCAUAAGUUAGAGAUGCAAAGCAGACGGACUCAAGGCACCACUGCUGAUUUGAGAUGGGAGGCACCACAGGAGAAGGAACACAGUUGCCUGGAAGGAGCCGAGAGGCCUCAGCCGACAGCCAAGGGAAUGGGAAGUACAGUCCUACAGCCACCGAAACUUGAUUAGUCAACAACUUGAGCGAGCUUGCAAAUAGUCUUCUCCAGCAGAGGAGAGCCCAGCCCUGCCAACACCGUGAUUCCAGCCUUGUGAGACCCUACACUGAGAGAACUCGAAUCAAGCCUGCCCUGACUUCUGGCCUGUAGAACUGAGAUAAUAAAUAGGUAUUGUGUUAAGCCUCUGAAUUUGUGGUGAUUUCUUAUGCAGCAAUAGAAAAAAAUUGUAUUUAAAAGAGGGGAGUUGGAAAAGUCUUCACCCUUGAUUGCCUAUAGUUAACUUAGAGAUCUCUCUAUAAUCACAUGAAUCAAGUCUUACACUAGCAAACUUAUACCGGUGGGCCUCCUCUGGGGUUUCUCUGCCAGAGAAUCUCAAGUAGUAUUGAUUGGAAGUUUGUUGCCAAAAACUUGAGUAUCUUAGCAAUGUUCUGUAAAGAAACUGCUAGAAUGGGAUUGUUCUCAUUCCAGAAUGAGGACCCAGUGUAUAUGGAAUCUUUUUCCUGGGAAAGGUAAUACUUUGUGUACUGAUUUAGUCUGCUCUGAGCCUGUUCAGUAUAUUAUUAAAAGUUGAUGAACAGUGGCAUUUUUAAAGAAGGAUUAGGAGAGGAAAAAAAAUCUGCCUUUAGAGAUCGGAUAAUCUACUCUGCAUCGAAGAACAUACUUUUUCUUAAAAAACUAAAACUUAUUUUAUUGUGUAAGCACGGAUCAAAUCCUGUAUGUGCCAACCAAAUUUUUGUACUUUGCAAAUAUUUUCCAAAAUACCUCUAAGACAUUAAUUGCUAAUGAAGUUUGUAUUUUAUUUUGGUUUGUAUUUUUACUCUAUUGCCAUACCCUUGAUAGAAGAACAGCAGAGCUAAAGGGAAGAAAAUAGAGGCUAAGACUGUCAGAAAGUUAGAAAUUGGAAGUCAUAAUCAUCUUCGUGUUCUAGAGGAACUCAGAUAACCCAGCUCUUUCUUUUAUAGAAAAGUAAAUUUUUUCAAGCUAUGUAGCAUUAUUUAUAGUGUGUGAAAUUUGAUAGCUGUACAGUUUUAAUUACUACUUUUGAUAUAUGACAUGAUAACCAGUAUGCUUACUUAUUUCUUUAAUGCAUGUGAACAUACAAGGCUGAGAAGACUAUGACCACAGUAUUAAAAAAAAAAAAAAAAAGGACUUGUUAUAUAUAUAUCCCUGUCAUCAAUACCUUCUUGCCUGAAAUACUCCACCUUUUUGGGGCACUAACUAGAUCAUUUUCAAGGAAACAAACAGGAAAGAGCUGGCAGUCCAGUGUGUGUGUGUGUGUGUGUGUGUGUGUG